CUGACAAUUCAGACCCAAAACUGUGAACGGCGUGGAAAUUUUGUGAUGUGGUGAGAGGAAGUGAUGUUUUCAUCCUGAGAAAUGUGAAGUGAGAGAGGACAACCUAGGAGGACAAACAGGACACGUCGCGGAGAAUCAUCUGUCCAUGUCGUCCGAAAGCAUCUCGCCGCCACCUUCGUCCCCUCAGCUGGCGUCUCCCCCGACUCCCUCGCCGCCGCCCGCCCCGCCCGACGCCCUUCGCGGGCAGUCGAUCGACGCCCCGCCCGGCGGCUCCGUCCACGCCGUCUCCUUCCUGCUCCAGAUCGGACUCACCCGGGAGCCGCUGACCCUGCACGCCCCCGACCUCUCGUUGUCGGCCGUCAUCGAGCUCAUCUGCGCCGUCGUCGAUCACAAGUUCCCACAAUGCGGGUUGCUGGGAAUGCGCGACAAGAUCUUGCUCUUCCGCCACGACCUCAACUCGGACAACAUCCUUCAGCGGGUCACCGCCGCCGAGGAGAUUCACGAAGGCGACCUGGUUGAGGCGGUCCUGUCGGGUCAGCGGGCGUCCAUCGCUGUUCAUCUCCAUUUCUUCACUCUGGCGUCGUCUGACGACUUUCGGAUCGGCCCUCACGCGCUCUACGUGCACUCGUACCGCGCGCCCGCCUUCUGCGAUCACUGUGGCCAGAUGCUGUGGGGGCUCGUGCGCCAGGGACUCAAAUGUGACGGUUGUGGUUUAAACUUCCACAAGCGUUGUGCGUUGAAGGUUCCAAACAACUGCAGCGGAUUCAGGAAGAGACGAGUCUCCAACGUCUCCCUGAGCGGCGGACCCGCUUCCCUGGCGCGCCCGCCUUCUUUAGACUUCCUCAAAAGUAACUGCAGCCAGCAGGAUGAGCAGCGUUCCCCGCCGGGCGGCGGGAAGCGGGAAUCCCUGCUGAGCUGCCGUCCCGCCUGGAUGGAGAGGACGGUCCCGGGCCGGGUCAAGCUGCCCCACACGUUCUCCGUGCACACGUACACGCGACCCACCGUGUGUCAGCACUGCAAGCGUCUGCUCAAGGGUCUCUUCAGACAAGGCCUGCAGUGCAAAGAUUGUAAAUUCAACUGCCACAAGAGAUGCGUAGCCAAAGUUCCUCGAAACUGCAUGGGGGAGCUCCACUUUAAUGGCGGAACAUCCAGUCCCACCCUGGACGCCGAGUCCACAAUGGAGGUGGACAACAGUGACGCUCGCGUAAACGGACGACAGGGCGCCGACGAGCAGGACCGAGCGGCCAUGUUGGAAGCCGGCGACAUCUUCAAUGACGGAUCCUGCAAAGAUGCCGAGAAGGACGAGGACAAAGACGACGAGAAGGAGGAUGACGCAGAGCGAGCCAUCAGCCCGUCCACCAGCAGCAACAUCCCUCUGAUGCGAGUGGUUCAGUCCAUUAAGAACGCAAAACGGAGAAGCUCCACUGUGGUCAAAGAAGGCUGGAUGGUCCACUACAGUAGUCACGACAACAUGAGGAAGAGACACUUCUGGCGUCUGGACUGCAAAAAUUUGACCCUCUUCCAGAACCACAGUGGAGCCAAGUUCUACAAGGAGCUGUCGUUGUCGGAGAUCCUGCGGGUAGAAGCGUCACGGGAAGUCGUCGGUCCGACAGCGGGCAGCAACGCUCCGUGCUUCCGCUUGGUCCUGACGUCCGGCGCCGUCUACUACGUGGGCGAGGACGAUGGCGGCGCGGCUCAGGAAACGGGCCGCAGCUGGGAGAAGGCCAUCUGCCGGGCCAUGAUGCCCAUCACGCCCAAGUCCAGCCUGGCCACCGGACAGGGAUGGGAACACAAAGAGCUGACCAUCAGCAUAUCGGUUUGUAACUCGCACAUCCAAGAGAACGUGGAUAUUAGCUCCGUCUAUCAAAUCUUUUCUGAGGACGUUCUCGGCUCAGGACAGUUUGGCAUCGUGUAUGGAGGCCAACACAGGAAGAGCGGUCGAAAUGUGGCCAUCAAGAUCAUCGACAAGAUGAGAUUCCCCACCAAGCAGGAGAGCCAGCUGCGGAACGAGGUGGCCAUCUUGCAGAACCUGAAGCACCCCGGCAUCGUAAACCUGGACUGUAUGUUCGAGACCCCCGAGCAGGUGUUUGUGGUCAUGGAGAAGCUCCACGGUGACAUGUUAGAGAUGAUCUUGUCCAGCGAAAAGAGUCGCCUGCCGGAGCGUCUCACCAAGUUCUUGGUGACGCAGAUCCUGGUGGCCCUCAGGCAUCUUCACUUCAAAAACAUCGUCCACUGCGACCUGAAGCCCGAAAACGUCCUGCUGGCGUCGGCUGACCCUUUGCCUCAGGUGAAGCUGUGCGACUUUGGCUUCGCCCGCAUCAUCGGCGAGAAGUCCUUCCGCCGCUCCGUGGUGGGCACGCCGGCCUACCUGGCGCCGGAGGUACUUCGCAGCAAAGGCUACAACCGCUCGCUGGACAUGUGGUCGGUUGGCGUCAUCGUCUACGUCAGCCUGAGCGGGACCUUCCCGUUCAACGAGGACGAGGACAUCAACGACCAGAUCCAGAACGCCGCCUUCAUGUACCCGGCCAGUCCUUGGAAGGAGAUCUCUGAGGAUGCGAUAGACCUGAUCAACAACCUGCUGCAGGUGAAGAUGAGGAAGCGCUACAGCGUGGACAAAUCUCUCAGUCACCCGUGGCUGCAGGACUUCGACACGUGGAUGGACCUUCGGGAGCUGGAGACGCGACACGGCGAUCGUUACAUCACGCAUCAGAGUGACGACGCGCGCUGGGAGGAUUUCGCUGAGCAAAGAGGACUGCAGGGCACGCUUUGCGCCUCGGCCUCGUCACCCCAGCCGGACCGUGUGGAUCGGGACUCGUAGUGG